UGCUCCAGUAGUGCUCAGGAGGGUCGCAGUCUAACUAGGGUGCAUCAGUCAGUCGUCAUCUGCUCCAGUAGUGCUCAGAAGGGUCGCAGUCUAACUAGGGUGCAUCAGUCAGUGGUCAGGCGGACUCGGGUUAAUGUUCACUCUCAGUUCUGUUCGUCAGUGGCCGAGGGCUCUAAGCAGACUGACCCGCUGUUACAGCCGCGCAGGUGGAAUGGCUGCAGACUGGCUGUCCUCGGCCGAGCGAGAGCAGUUCCUCCUGGAGCUCAAGGACACUGGAUGGAUGGAGGUGGAGGACCGCGACGCUCUUCACAAGGAGCUGCACUUCAAGAGCUUUAACCAGGCGUUCGGCUUCAUGUGUCGAGUGGCUCUGCAAGCAGAGAAGAUGAACCAUCAUCCGGAGUGGUUCAAUGUUUAUAACAAGGUUCAGAUCACUUUAUCGACUCAUGACUGUGGAGGACUGUCAAAGAAGGACAUUCGACUGGCCAAAUUCAUUGAUAAGGUGGCUCUGUCCCUGUAGCAGCUCUUCCUCCUGGAUUGUACAUUCAUUUUCAAUAUAUCAAAUCUUUUGUAUUGUAUUCCUAAAAAGGGAAAUAGUUGAUGUGUUAAUUCACAUAGGUGUGUGUUUAAAAUCACUCUUCUUGAUCUGAUCUACAUGAUUAUGGUAAAUGCAUAUUAAAAAGAUGAUAGAAUACAGUGAGUGUGGAUCCAUUUUAUAUUCAUUAAAUAUCUGAUAACAUCAGAUCAGAUCAUAUUUACAUAUGAAAAUAUGUGUUAUAUCAGGGCUUGAAAAUAUGUGAUACUGUUGAUCAAAUAAUGCGACAAUUUUACCAGAACAUAUUUUGAAUGAGAGCUGAUGAUGAAAGCCCAAAGUACUCUGAAACGUCAGCAGGAAAGUUGUACAGACUCAUAUUUUCCAAUCAUUCAGUUUCUAAGCAUGCAGCAUUUUGACUGUACUACAUUUACUUAGGCUACACAAGAUGACAACACAUUUUCAUAAUCUGAAUGUCCAAUAUGUUUCCUUUAAGGAUGCUUUCCUGUUAUAUAGUGAGCUGACAGAAUGCAGGUUAAGUUGAGCUCUGUUUUGUUGCAUUACUAAUGGCUAUUAACUCAUUCUUUAUUGAAAAACUACUGCACACUUCACACAAACCUUGGAUGUUGCGGUAAAACAGAGCUAUGUGGAGUUAGCAGUAGAAAAUAUAAUCUUCAGGAAUUGUAGUCUGGAAUUCAGAAGAACAGUGUUUCUUGCCCGCAGCUACAAGUCAAAUGUGGUGUUUGGGGACUAGCCAGAGCAAUCAAAUAUCUGUGAAUAAAGAUAACAAGGUCAAAGCAACUCCUACAUCAUGUCCUUCCAUUUGAAUUAAUUUUACUGGGUUAAAUUCCACCCCAAUCGCAUUGGUCUCUCUCUCUCCAGUUUGUGAUGAACAAACUGUUCCUUCUGUUCCCAGAUCCUCUAAUAACAUACUGGCUUUAUCCUCAGAGCUGACCCAGAGCAUCCAUAUAUUUGCAGGGAGCACCACACAGGUUAUUGUGGAUUUGCCAUGCCUCAGGAUCCACCAGUCUAUCAGGCAGAUUGUACAAAAGGACGAAAUUCAACACCACUGUCCAGACCCCAAUAUACAUGAAGUGAAAGUGAAUAAUAAACAGGUAUGACUUGGGUUUGAAUGAAAUCCUGCCAAAACGGUUUGUUUUGGUGGUUUGAAACAGCUUGUCAGGACAAUCCUAAAGGAAAGCUUUGACUGUUAAAUACUUCCUAAUUUCCAUUGACAGAUGAUGACUCAAUUGGCUGGUGUAACCUAAGGCUCAGAUCUAGAUGU